AUGGGAGGCUCUGAAACCGGCGAAACCUUUUUGCAGUUGCCGCAACGGACAGAGAAGAGCCGCAUGCAAACGCGGGGCCGGGGAGAGCGACUGACGUGGGAGAGGGUGCGCAGAGAAGGUCCGGAGCGACGAGAAGCGCCCGAGCAGCCAGGAACAGAAAACCUUCAGACAGGGGAAGAAGAAACGGAGGAAGAAAGAGGAAGGGAUCGGGAUGGGAAUGAGGCGGAAGGAGACGAAAAGGCAGGGGAGAGAAUGGAAAAGCCGUGGUGCUCGGGUCACGGCCGACACACCGGUACAGCGGGAAUCCGAGAGCUUGAAGGAGACAGCUUUGGAAAGGCGAGAACAGGAGAUCGCGAAAGAGAAGGCCUGGAUUUCAAGGAGGCAGAGAAGGAGGAAGCCAAGCCGAGAGAGCGUGGAAGACGGCAGUCUGCCGAGAUCGGCGACGACCCUGGAGAACGGCGCCUUCUGUCCGAGGAGACAGCAGAGAAGAGACGGGGCAGGACGAAGGAAGGAUGCGUGUGGGGCGAAGGCGCCUCGUCGACGGCCCUCGGGGGCGUCCCGCACCUGUACAAGUGGCUUUGUCGGCACUUUCCUUCGUUGAAGCGGUCACUGCACGAGUUCGCGGAGUUGUACGUGCCGCCCGUUUCAAGCGCGCCGUCUCUCUCCCGUGAAGCCGGCGACCACGGAGACGAAGACACUGCGGGCGGAAAGAAACAGAAACGCGCCAAAGGGACUGCGGAACACCCGCGACUCUCUGUGACCGGGUCUUCCUCCUCGCCACCUUCGUCCCCCCCAGCGAAGGCGGCAGACCCUCAGGCAGAACUGGCGGCUGCAGUGGAGAGAGCAGUGGCGACGGCCCCCAGGAUGGGGCGCGAACGAGGCCGCAGAGGCGGCGCCCGCGCGCUCGCUCCCCAGACGCCUCGGAGGCGCGAGGCGCACGUGGCGGCGAUGCAGGAGGUGUUGCGAUUGAAGGAGCAAGAGCUGCUGGCCGCGCACCGCAGAAGAGUGCAGGAGCCGUCCGUCGAUCUCUCAAGUGGAAGGCCUCCUCGGCGCAGUUCCUCACUGCUCUCUCCUUCCGACUCUCGCCUGCAGCCGCAGGCGCCUGAGCCUCCAGUUUUGUCGCGAGGACCCGAGCAGACAGGGUCACUUCGCGACUCCGCCGGCCCCGCGGCGUCAGGGCCUUCUCUUCCUGGGUGUCCAGUGUCUCCCGCGUCUUCGCUCGCGCUCGGUCGGCCAGUGCCUCUCUCGCGUCUGCAUGCGCGGUUGCCCAUCGACGCGCUCUUCCUCGACUUCAACGCGAUCAUCCACCUCUGCAGCCACGGGCACCUGCCCUCGACGCUGCCGCCGCCUCUCGCCCGCUUCCUGCCGCUGCUCCUGCAGCGCGUUUGCGGCUAUUUGCACCGUCUCGUCUCGCUCGUGCGGCCGCGGAAAUUGCUCGUCCUCACGCUCGACGGCGUGCCGCCGCUGGCGAAAGUGACACAGCAGCGAAGCCGGCGCUUCCGGCAGAGCCGAGACGACCGCCUCGCGGUCCGCCUCGAGGACGAAGAAGAGGAAGACGGCAAGCGCUGCGGCCUCGCCCGCAGCGCUUGCUGUCUUCCUCGAGGCGCGGAGGGACCGGGCGAAAGGACUUCCUGCUUUCUUUCUUUCUACCAUAUCGUCAAGGGAGAAGGCGAACACAAGCUUCUCCAUCUCCUGCGAUUCGGCACUUGGCCCGAAGCGAAGUCGCUCCCCCACACCCUCCCCGGCGCAGGCCCCACCGACGGCCCAGCUGUCUCCCUUUCUUCCGUCUCGUCUCCUGCUUUUCCUGAGGCUGAGCCGGCGGCCGAGACGGGCAGAAACCCCGAGCGCUCAGCGGGAGACGCAGGGAAGGCCACGCGAGAAAGGCUGCUGCGUGCUCGGCCCCCUGGACUUCGAAUCGUGUUGCCGAGUCGCGAGGACAGCGAACCGGAAAAGGCAGACGGCCAACCUGCGAGCGCCGCGCUGUCUCGCGUCGCCCCGGCGCCGUCUGUCGCCUCGCCUCUGGGCGGCAACGCCCCCGCAGGUCUGAUCCCGCCGCUUCCUGCGAAGAAGAAAGGCCAGGAUGGGGCCCACCCGCUGUCGCGCCUCGAGCGGAGACAGCGAGAGGCGCGGCCGUUGUUUCUUUCCUCGUUCUUGCAUUCGAAGUUUCGAGAUCGAGCCGCCGAGGCCGGCUCGCCACCGCCCCCGGGAGAUCCGCAGAGGCGGCCUCCGGAGCGGGGCCCGCUCGCCAGCGACGCGGACCAGUCUCCUUCCGCGGGGUCGAACGAGGAGCGUCUGUCUCUGUCGCUCCCAGACGCGCAGGAAAACUCGGGGCUGGAGGCCGCAGGGCAAGUGGCGCUUCCGGGGCGCGUCUGUCUGUACGGCAUGGAUGCCGAUCUGCUGAUGCUCACGCUGUCCCUGCACCGGUCCAAUCUGUUGAUUUUACGGGAGCGGCAGACGAGCCUGGAGCGCACGCGCGCUCAGGCGCAUGCAGAGGCGGUCGCGAGGGCGCGGGUGAACCCUCACCGCGCUGCAGCGCUCUUUGCCAGCGGCAGGCAACGCGGCAGAGCGCGCGAGGAGAUAGAGGAGAUCGAGGACUCUGCGGCGUGCGAGCGCGCGCUGCUGGUUCCGACGCGGCACGACUUCCUCCAGUACACCUCGCGCGAUUUCGAGGUCGUCGACGUCGACGCGCUGCGAGGCGAGCUCCUUUCAGGGCUCCGCCGCGCGAUCGCCAACGGAGACCCCGUGGCCUCUCCGCAGACUCCGCAGCCGGAGCCCGCGGCGGGGGGGAGGCGCGACUCUCCAGAGAAACCUUUCCUCGCAGGCUCACACACAGAGAAGGAACCCGCCCUGCGCCGAGAACAGGCCUCGAAGCCGAAGGCGCCGGCUAGCACCCACUGGCUCGACGGCCGCCGCGUGCUGGGCGACGGGCGUUUCCUCGACCCUGAGCGCCUCAUUGAUGACUUUGUCUUUCUCUCCUUCUUCGUGGGAAACGACUUCUUGCCGGGGCUGCCGCACCUCGACAUCUUUCAGGGCGGCUUGGCGACGCUCGUCCGUACGUACACUGCGGCGCUGCCUGCGCUCGGCGGCUACUUGACCCUGAAGACGAAAAUCAACCUCGAGCGGCUCCGCCGGCUGUUUCAGAUCCUCGCGCUCUACGAAGGCCCGCACUUCGAGAGCCACAUCGACUCUGCGCUCCUGCAGAGCAUCGCGCGCGCACAAGCUGGCCUCAGCUGCGGUUACAGGGAAGACGCGCGGCGAGACGACCUGUUGGACGAGGCGAAGCGCCGAAUCCGCCCGCUUCUGGCGAAUGCCCCACGAGCACCUCCCAGAGAAAACGGACGCGAAAUCGACUGCACCGACCCUCACGCCGUGCUCUACUACACGUCGAAAUUUCCUCUUGCCACGCUCCUCGGAAGGCCAGAGACCCGUGCAAAUCGAGACGGUCCGUCUGCUGCAUGCCCGGCUUCGCCCUCGCGUUCGCUGUUCGCGUCGAAUCUAUCUCGGUCGCCCUGGGCGGUGCCGUUUGCGGACUUUCGGGCGCGCCUGGCUCUGGACUACGUGACCGGUUUGUUUUUUCUGCUGCGCUACUACCACACGUCGAAGCCUUGCUGGUCGUGGUUCUUUCCUCACGAAUUCGCUCCGCUCUGUUCGGAUCUCGCGCGGCUAGAUCCGGCGGCUCUCGCGCGGUCCGUCGCCCUCCCCAGCGUUCGGGAAGACUUCAAAUUCUCGCCUUAUGCUCAGCUGCUCGCCGUUCUCCCCGCCUCCAGCGCCGCGCUCCUCCCUCGGGUGUACAGACACCUGCCGCGGGAACGUGAACUCGCCGACAUGUUUCCCGACGGGUUUCCCGUGGACAGCCACCCGUUCCACGCGCUUCGCUUCGACUUCAAACAAGUCCUAGAAGACAAAAAAGAAGGCCAAAGGUCUGCGACCGACCACGAUGCGGCAGCGCUACCAACCCAGGCUUCGUCUGCUUUUUCUUCGUUGCCCUCUUCUCUCUUCUCUGAAAUGGAUGUUCGUCCGGCUUCCGCAGAUCCUGAGCUCGCAAAGUCUUCGUCACGUUCUUCCUCUCUCACGUGUGCUCCUCCGUCUCCGUCACGAACGUCUCCUUCUUUGGAGCCCCGGCUGGACAGCCGAGAACGCGACGCCAUCGCGUUAGCGCUCGACGCGCAUGCAGAUCCCCGCUUUCUCGCGUCUGCUCUUUCGGCCGCGUCUGCCGCCUCCCUGCCCUCGUGGCUGCACCGGCCGAUUCUGCCUCCUCUCGACAUUCCCAGGUUGUUGGAGGCUGCGCGCGGGGCAGCCCGCGCGGCUCGGCGCGGAGAGAGAAGCAAAGAGGCCGCAGGUAGCCAGGGAGCGGGGGAAAAAGGCCGAGAAGCAGAGACUGGCGAGAGCGCGCCGACGCUCGAGCCACGGCGAGGCCGCCGAACAAGCAGACAAUUCAGCGUCUCGCAGCCUGAUGAAAAGCGAGAAGGCCGGGAUGCGAGGCCGGACGAGGUGGAAGAGCCGACGGAGACACCAACAGAGCAAGGCUCUGGCGGCGGGAGAGAACAGGGAAGCCACGCGGAGAGAGAAGGCGACACGCCGGAGGCUCGAGGGGAUGUGUAUGCGGACAAGAUGGGAGCAAGCUGGGGAUCGGAAGAAGACCGCAUGGAUUCGGGGCUCUGGACUCUCCAAGACGUUCUGCGAAACCGCAUCGGGAAACCAGUCAUGUUCUGGCCGCCGGCAGCGUCUUCGCUCUCACCGGUAGGGCAGAAGAGGCGCGCAGUGCCGGCUCGAGGUUCCGCUCAGGAGAAGCGGGUCUCUAGGAGCGCAGCAGGCGUACCGGCCGAAACAAAAGCAAAAACGGAGAGCAAAGCGCGGCGCCAGGCGACAGGCAUUUUCGAGACCAAGCGAAAACGGCGAGGACGAGCUGCCGGGGGGGACGAGACGAAGAAGCCUGGCGGCCGUGAGAAAGAAAACGGGAAGUUGACCGCGAGUGGAGACUCCGACGGAGACAGAAGGGCCAAACCCGCACAGGGUCAGGCGCAGAGUGUACAGAAGAAAGGCAAGAGGAAGCAAGGGCCGCGACGCCAAGAAGCCGCUCCUGAGAGAACAGGAGACGAGGACGGAGUCGCCGGUUCCGGCGGGCUGAAGCAGAACGCGCAGGUACCCACGAGAGGGAGGCGACGCGCCCCAAAGCGAAGAGCCACGAGUGCGGACGAGACACAUGGAGGGGACAGCACAAAAGAUGCUUCGGGUGGAGCGCGCUCGGCGAAAGCAAACAAAUAG